UGCAAUAACAGAGCUGGACUAACAUUCCCGCCCUCUUCCUCCCUGCUAGCCCCAGCUCCCUCCCACAGCCCUGAUUGAUCCACAGCACUGCCGCUGCAUUCACAUCCCUUGCACAGCUCGGCACAGAGGCGUAGUGCACGGGGCCCCUGCCAUUGCUCUGCCAGGCUCCAGGACCCCGCAACUCCUCCAUCAAGGGCACCAGGCUAGAACAGAGCCGUGACUGGGCCCCCCAGCCAGCCUGCGGGAAUGCUGCUACUUCUGCUCCUUGUCGGUACUUUCUGCCACCAGGGAGAUGGGGCAGCCCUGCACACCUUCACCAUGAUUCAGCUCUCCCACCUCCCGAACAACAGCACCAUUGAAUUUUGGGGGAAUGCCACUCUGAACGGUGUACUGGCCCACAGCCUGCAGGGCUUCAAUGCCAGCCAGCUGCUCCCGCUGGAGCCCCCGGCGCAGUGGCAGGAGAUGGAGCGCAGCCUGCAGACUUACUUAAAGACCUUCCAUGCCUUCGUGCAGGUGAUCACCAAGGAGAGGCCGGUGCAGUACCCCCUGCACUUGCGCUGCAAGCUGGGCUGCCAGCUCUCCCCUGAUGGCGCCUCUCACAGCUUCUACGAGGUGGCAUUCAAUGGAGACGACUUCCUGAGCUUCCGGGCGGCCAAUGCCAGCUGGGUGCUACCGGGAAACAAGGAGGACGACGAGCUGGCCACAUUCACCCAUGCCCAGGUGAACCGGUACCCACAGACCACCUCCGAGCUGCAGUCCUUCCUGAAGACGACGUGUGUGGAGUUUGUGAGGCGGCACAGCAAGAUGAAUGGCGCCAGGAUCGAAGGACAGCACAGGCGCUCGCACACCCUUCUGGCUCUGGGCAUCACCUUGGGAGCCAUCGCCCUGGCAGCCUUGGCCAUAGGAGUCUUCUUCUGCACAGGAGGGCGGAGUAGUGGUACCGGAGGAGGUCAUGCCCCAGCCAGCCUUCACUGUGCAGUGUGACGGGGGGCUCGGCAGCUGCCACCCCCGGCAAGGGGAGGGGAACGCUGCUCAGUCCCCACGGCUGAUCAGCUCUGCGUGUGGAUCACUGCCCCUAAAGUACCAGCUCCUCAACUAUGUGCCAGACAUGGGGCAGCAUCCGUCCACAGCUCCUACCACACCCUGUUCUUGUAGCCACCCCAAGCCCCCGCCAGUUGCCGUCCGGCUGCCCUCUCCCAUUCCCCGCCUGUCCCUACAGGGGAACUCAGGGCCCUGAGCAGUGACUCAGAUACCAAGUAGCCCUCCUAGGGCCACGGCAGGAUUAGGCCCUUUGUCCAUCCUUGAGGGGCUUUGCCCAGCCCUGGUUUGGAAUGUUCCCAGCGAGGGCUUCAGUCCUUCUGGGUCAGGAGAUGUGGUUGGAGACGUGGCCACAACCUUUGCAUGGUCUGGGGUGAGGGCUGUUACAUUGACACAGAUUUCUGGUGGGGGGCAGGGAAGCUGCCCAUUCUGGGCCAGAAAUGGGGAGGGUGGCAUGGCAUGGGGGUAUCUCAGCACCCAGGCCAGUUAAGGCUGAGCUGAGAAGGAGCAGGUCUGACCAUGCCAGAGAGGAAGCCAACACACUCCCAGGGGCAAACCUGGCAUCACCCAGCCAGGAGGGGCAAGCUCAGGCACUAGUGCUGGAUGAGGAGGGGGGCAGCUGGAACAUCAACCAGCCCCUCCCCUUUGGUGGCUGCGGAGAGCCAUGCCCGACUCAUAGGCAAGGCCUCACAGACGCUCCCAGUGCUUCUCCUUUGACUGGGCGAGGGCAUGGGGGUGAUGGUUGCAAGCAGUGGCGCUGGGCGUGGCCAUCUGGGUGCCGCUGUGCCUGGGCCCUGGCACUGUUGGCGCUCAGCCUGGUCAGGGAUGGUUCAGUCUGUGAUCUAUUAGUCUAAAUCUGGUGCUGGGCAGCCGAAGGGGGCUGUGUGAACAGCUAACAAUUUCUUCGCACCGCCUGGGGAUGGCCAUAAAUCAGCUCAGGAGCCCACCUGCCCCCUUGCCAACCCGAGAGCGGUUCUGCCAUACAAAGAGAGGAUUCAAUUGUUUGGAGGAACCACGUUGAGGCCAUGCAGCUCAGUGAACCUGCUGGAUGAAGACAUGCAGGAUUCCACAGCCCCAGGGGUCAAAAAACAGGGUUGCCAACCCUUCACGAUUGGCCUGGAGUCUCCAGGAAUGAAAGAUGAAUCUAAUUAAAGAUUACGUCAUGUGAAGAAACCUCCAGGAAUACAUCCAACUAGGGUGACCAGACAUCCCGAUUUUAUCGGGACUUUCCCGAUAUUUCCUUGUUUGUCCCG